AUGCCCCUCGCUCUGCCGCCGCUUGGCUCUGGACCGCAGCCGGGUAAUGGCUGCUGCGGCGGCUGCUGGAUGGUUGCAGCGACUGGGCCUGCUUCUCCUCAGCAGCCAGAGGCCUGGCAGCAGCGGCAGCGGAAUGGGGAGAAGACGAAUAAUCCUCGGAACGGCUGCCUCCUCCGGCGGCCUCCGGAGCCCGGGCCACGGGGGAAGGGGAGAGACCAACUCUCCGGCGUUCCCAGCCCUGGAAAUGGUGACAGGCGACUCAGACCCCCUCCCUGGAGCUGCAGCCGCCGCGGCCGCCGCCGCCGCCGCUUCUCCCCCCCGCUCCAGGAGCGGGAGGUGCCGCCGCCGCCGCCGCGCCUCAGCCGGCUCCCGCCCGAGCCCACGGCUUCCACCUUCCCCUUCAGGAGAAGCCGAGGAAGCGGCUGCACGGUUAGAAAAGACGAAGAGGAGGCGAGAAACGCCGCCGCUGCCGCCGCCGCAGGCCGGCCGGCUCCCCGAGGGCGCUGCCCCCGCGGCUGCUCACAGGCGCUGAGAGGGGCUCCGGGCCGCGGCCGCCGCCGUCUCUCAUCUCCCUCGCCUGAGCCCGGCCUCGCCUCACAGCGGCUCAACUCUCAAACUUCCAUCAUGGCUGCAGCUUCCGAGAGGAGAGAACUGAGCGCAGCCGCGUCCCAGCGCCCGAGCGCGUAUCCUGCCGCAGUGCAUAAAGAGUCCCGCCACAUCACCGCCCGCCGGCCUGCCCGCCCCCUCCGCCGCCGCGCCGGGAGCCCGGGCUCCUCGGGAGACCGAGGGGAGGCGGGAGCCGAACGAGAGGCGGACUGGACCGUGCCGGGCGAGGGGAGGGCAGGGCAGGGGGCGGUAGGCGGGGGCAGGAGCGGUAGCUCCGGGUGCGAGCGCAAAGCCCCCAAGCCGUAGGCUCUACUGAGCAUGCCCAGUGUGGCUGCCUAGAGCUCGCUCGGGCCGGUUCCGAGCCGCCAGCCUGCAACUGCACUUGCCGCGGCUGCUUUUGCAGCAGCGCGAGGCGAGGAUAACGAGCUAAGCCUCGGCCUCUGCCCAGAAACCCAGCCGGAGGCAGGAUAGGCUGUUGCGGGGCGGGGGUGGAGGACUGAUGAUGAAAGCUGAGAUGGGUGCGUUGAGCAGUGUCACUGACUCGAGUCUCAGGUUACCUGUGCACAGGUGGAAAGGACCAGGUGACCACGCUGGUCAGUAUACAGGGAAAUGCAGGGGCGGUCCUUGCAAGGGGAAUACCCUCCCCCCUGCCUCUGCCCCUGGAUUUCCGCGGCGUGGACUGCAUUCGCUCUUUUGCAUCGCUGUCGAUCACAAUCGUUCGCAGAGAUUUGACUGUAGCAGCCUUUGCCUAGAGAUUCCUCCUUUCCCCAACCCUGUGUCCUCAGGAUGUCAGUCUUAGCACAAAGAGCAACCUGCUAUUGUGUUUCCAGCGUGCAUCACCUCAUCCGGCUCCCUUGUAGCGCCCCACCUCUCGCUUCCCCGGUAACUCGGCUUGUUUGCCCUAAAAAUGAAAGCUCUCAGCCGAGCGUGCUGAACGUGAACACAUCGCCGUUGAAUUUCCAGAGCCCAAAGGGCACCUAUCUAAAUGAACUGAAAGAGGAUCCCCGUGAGUAGGACGCACCCCGCAGCCCUCUCCUGCGCCCGCUCCGGUGCCCCUAGGAGACUAGAGCAUCUCUCCCCCUGGGGCUCCAAGUCGGUUCGCCGCGUCGGACUCAAGCUCGGUUCUUAGAGACCACCUAGCCCCGCCCCCCCUUGGCCUCCGUGAAAACCCGGCGGGAUGGAUCGCCCGGGGCCAGGCUCCACGCGCCCCGGCCAGACCAUGCACGUUCGGGGUUACCAGGUUGAGUGGAAAGUACGGAACGGUAGGAAGCUGCAGCCCAGCGAGUGGGCGGGGCAAGGAGACCUAGGAGGGUUCAAAAGGGGGGUGGAAGGAUACACGGGCCACAGUCGGAACUACUUUCCGAAGGAGGUCACGUGUGUUCCUAGUUGGGGAACUUUCCAAAUUCCCACUCCCCGGUGAUAGCUCCGGAGGCAAGUACUCUUCUUCUUUUGCUCGGGGUGUUCUCGCCUGGUGCAGGCUGCAGAACCCCAGCCCUUCCCGCGCCGCGGCGGAAACAGGGACUCGGACCAGCCUCCCGAAGGAGCGCUGUCGGGGCUGGCGCUUGGGGAGCUGGUUACACAAGCACCCACAUCCAAACACGUGCCCCCGCCUCCCCGCCUGCUGGCUGCCGCCGAUUCUUACAGAACGCGGGGAGAGAGUCCCCAAGCUGGUCCCAUUCCUCGCCUGCUACCCUAAGAGCAAGCCAAGGACGGAGACCUGAGACUCCUUGCUCUAGAUCGACCUAUACUGCGCCUUCCCAAACGUGGGAAAAGGAUCUGGGCGCUAGGGGUCUCGGGCCUCUCCCUCGCUGAUGCCCUGCCCCUUAGGGUGAACCCUUUUAGUUCUGUGCUUGCGGGUAUCUCCUGCUGCAGCCCAGAGCUUGCAUUCUCUGAUGUUGCAACAAACGUCCAGUCACUACCCCUGAGCUGGUGAGCGCGCCCCACCUACUGUAGACUCAGCCAAGUGACUUAUCUGGUCUGAGAACCUCGUCAAUGGCCGUCAGCCCAGAACAAACCUGUCAAGUCCGCUUACAACCCCGACUGGGCAGACCUGUCGCCGUGAGAGAGCUAAUUCAGAAAUGCAGAGAGUUGGAUCGCGCUCCUUCUACCCCGCACCGCACCCGUCAAGGAUCUACAAAGCAAAUAGUCGACCCGCUUAAAGAGAAUGAGCAUCAACACCAGUCUGGGAAUUUAUUGUUUUUUCAUUUCCCUUAGGAAGUAGAACUCCAGACCACAAUUUGAGUGAAAAAAUAUCUAACGAGACCUAGGUUGAAGCACUGAGUUGUUUUUCAAACUUUGAGAGAAUGAGAAUCAAUCUGCAUGUGUGUUCAAUAAUUGUAAGUGCCUAGGAAAGUCUAAAGAGGAUUUAUGCCGUAUUUGAGAAAGAGGACUGUAUAUGUGCACAUCAUAGUUGCAGGCAACCUGUGAAGACUGGAAACCCCAAGAGACCUAGCGCAGAAAGCCACAGGCCAUUACCUAACUCCGGGACUACUAAUUAAACCUGGGAUAUUUACAGUGUUCUUAGAGAUCUCUGAGGCGCCGUAAAACUUUUGCACUUAUAUACAGCAUUUAAGAUAGCUCUACAGGAGUUAACAACCUGCUGAAGCUUCAGUGUUGAUAUUUAUUGAAGGCUGGUUUUGUGCAUAGUUCUGGUCAGCUUGGGAAAGGCAAGGACCACAGUGGAAAAGGAAAUGGAAAGCAACCGGAAAAGAAUAAAAGGCAGGCCUCCAGUUGGUUUCCAGAGAUGCAGACACUGUCCACAUAGCCUAGGGUGAACUACAGAUUUCAUUAUUUUAUAAAUAACCAAGGAUAAGGAGCUCCUGAUGCCUAGGUGUUCUACUAGAUUGCAUGGUAAAAACCAGAGCUGUGUUUAAUUAUCAAUUACUGCGUGGUAGAAAAAGGGGGAAUGAAGAUGAACCUUUAAAAGGGGAGUAGAUUAGAGAGGGGUAAAAUGUCUCACAUUUGUUUCUCAGGUUGCUGAUCUUGUCCCCGGAGUCACUGUUAUUAGCACUGCCCUACUCUGCUCCUCCCCUGGAGCCUACCGUAAGUGACAAUUAGUCUCGUAUCUGAGAACCUCUGAACUCCGCUUUCAGGGAAGAAAAUGAAACAAGGGUGCAUUCCUGUCCCUGGUGCGACAGGAUCCUCUUGGAUUCCAUGGCACAGAGUUACUCUGGAGCAGAGAGGAUCUGCAUCACCAGCACUAAAGUGCUGGAAUAUGAGACCAGCCUCCAAGUACUUCCAUCUGGCUGAAGAAGGAAAAUGGGAAAUGGGUUUUGCUGCUUCUCUAAACAUCAGGUCCCUCUACUUCUCUCUAGUGGUGAAUGAAAGGAUCAUCAAUGUUGGCAGAUAUUUGGCCAGCCCGACAGCAACAUCAGGUGGUUAUUAGGAGUUGCUGAAUAAAAUCCUCCUUCUGUU